UCGUUAAAAAGAAAUCAGCUAAAUCAGCACACUGAAUAAAAGACGCAGCUGUCUGACGUCUCGGUACUGAAAAAUUCGCGUUUUCUUCUGUAAAAUUUGUCUGCAAUAAAGUUAAAUAUUUCAGUAAAAAGCGAAAGCAUUUCUUGGAAAAGUUUGCUCACGCCGCUGAAAACGUUUGCCGAUGAAAAUUUGUUAAACAUUUGUUUUCUGAUUUGUUAAUUAGUUGUUAAAAAUAUAGAAAGUUUUUUGAAUCAUUAUGGAAGAAGACCAUCAGGCAUCCUCUUCUCAGUCGGCUGCUAAAAAGGUGGGCAAACAACACAACACUUUGCCAUUAUGGGGAAAUGAGUCCACCAUGAAUUUGAAUCCUUUGAUAUUGGCCAAUAUUCAAAGUUCAAGUUACUUUAAAGUGCAUUUAUUCAAACUUAAGACAUACCAUGAGGUGGUGGAUGAAAUAUAUUAUCAAGUCAAACAUAUGGAACCUUGGGAAAGAGGCUCUCGGAAGACCAGUGGCCAAACCGGCAUGUGUGGCGGUGUUAGAGGAGUUGGAGCUGGAGGUAUUGUUUCGACAGCCUAUUGUUUGCUAUAUAAGUUGUAUACGUUACGUUUGACUCGUAAGCAAGUUAAUGGUUUAAUAAAUCAUACUGAUUCCCCCUAUAUAAGGGCUUUAGGUUUUAUGUACUUACGUUAUACUCAACCACCGGCUGAUUUAUACGACUGGUAUGAAGAUUAUCUACAAGAUGAAGAGGAAAUUGACGUUAAAGCCGGUGGUGGACAGACAAUAACCAUGGGUCAAAUGGUUUAUCAAUUUUUAACAAAAUUGGAUUGGUUUUCAACAUUGUUUCCUAGAAUUCCGGUACCGAUACAAAAACAAAUUGAAAAGAAAAUUGAACAAUAUUGCCGAGAAAAUAAUGUGACUGUUCAUCAGUUGAGUUCUGGUCCGAAUAUAGCUGCCACUAAUACUCGUGCCAAUAGAGCAGAUUUUGAGCCAGAAGCAGAAGGUCACGCAGACGUUCAAGAGCGUUGGCGCAGUAAAGCAGCAGUGUCGAAUUACCGUGGAGAACAUGAUGACCGCGGUGAUUAUAGAACAUCUUCCAGCAGGGACUAUCGUGAGCAUCGCGAUUAUAAAUCCAAGCGUUAUGAGGAAAGAUAUUCUUCGCCUGAAAGUGUUUAUCGCGGUACAAGCAGGGAACGGGAGCGUUACAGAGAAAAGCACAAAAAAAAGCAUAAACAUAAGCACCAUUCCCGAAGCCGAAGCCGUUCCCGUAGUAGGUCACAUUCACGUUCACACUCUGACCGAAAAAGAAAUGAACGUGAUCAUCAUCACCAUCACCGCUCAAAGGGAUACAGCGACGGUUAUCCCGAAGACAGACGCUAUCGAUGAACUCAAUUGAAUUACACUCAUCAACUAAAGACUUUUAAGGAUUUUUCUGUUCUUAAAUAUAUUUGUUUUAGAUACAUUAUUCAACUACCUCCUUCCUAACGAAUAGCUAUUCUAAACAUUAUAGAAUAUAUCAAUUCGAAUAAGGAGUAGUGCCAAUUAUGACCUUGUUUUCUAUUUUAAGCAUAAAACAGCACAACAAACAGCAUGUCUUAAACUAAGAUUUAAAUAUUUUUUGUCUAUUUUCUAUUUUAAAAUCAUUGUUAAACUCAGGUGAAUAAUAAGUCAAACAGAAUUGUUUUUGUUUGCUACAAAUUAAAUAUUGCUAAUAUGUACUUUGUUAUACACCCCAUCUCCCCACAUAAAUAGUUGCCGAAUAAUAUUUAAAUAAUAAUAUCAAUUGUAUGUGAACGUUAGAAAUAAACUUGAAACUGAAUAUGA